UGGAGCUCUACCUUUUCCGCAUGUGGGACAACAUGGGAAAACACACCUCCUGUGAGGACGGCUCUGUGAUCAGAUGGGACUCUGCCCAAUGGGGUGUGUCGAGUGCCAAGGCCAGACAGACAGACAGCAGCCUGCCCUGUGCAUUGCCAUCCCCAGAACAGCAGCUCUCCACCUCACGGUCUUAUCCACUGACAGCAAAUAGUAGCCAAGAAACAGUCCUGUCAAUCACCCGAUUUCCAAACUUUAACCCCAACAUGACCACAGAACUCAGCCCUAACUUUAACCCCAACAUGACCACAGAACUCAGCCCUAACAUUAACCCCAACAUGACCACAGAACUCAGCCCUAACAUUAACUCUAAUGUGACCAACUCCAACCCCAACAUGACGACUAAGCUCAUCCCUAACCAUAACCCAAAUACAACCACAGGUCUCAAUGCCAACCAUAACCCCAACACAACCACACAUCCCAUUCUUAACCUUGAUCUUAACCCCAACACAACCACACAUCCCAUUCUUAACCUUGAUCUUAACCACAUCACAACCACACAGCCUAUUCUUAGUCUUGAUCUUAACCCCAACACAACCACACAUCCUAUUCUUAACCCUGACACACCCACACAUCCCAUUCUUAACCCUGACACAAUCACACAUCCUAUUCGUAGCCUCGAUCUUAACCCCAACACAACCACACAUCCCAUUCUUAACCCCAACAAAACCACACAUCCCAUUCUUAACCUUAACCCCGACACAACCACACAUCCAAUUAUUAGCCUCAAUCUUAACCCCAACACAACCACACAUCCCAUUCUUAAUCCUGACACAAACACACAUCCCCUUCUUAACCUUGAUCCUAACCCCGACACAACCACACAUCCUAUUAUUAGCCUCGAUCUUAACCCCAACACAACCACACAUCCCAUUCUUAAUCCUGACACAACCACACGUCCCAUUCAUAACUUUGAUCUUAACCCCAACAAAACCACAUAUCCCAUUCUUAACCUUAACCCCGACACAACCACACAUCCUAUUAUUAGCCUUGAUCUUAACCACAACACAAACACACAUCCCAUUCUUAAUCCUGACACAAACACACAUCCCCUUCUUAACCUUGAUCCUAACUCCAAUACAACCACACAUCCUAUUCUUAGCCUUGAUCCUAACUCCAAUACAACCUCACAUCCCAUUCUUAACCUUAAUCCCGACACAACCACACAUCCUAUUAUUAGCCUCGAUCUUAACCCCAACACAACCACACAUCCCAUUCUUAAUCCUGACACAACCACACAUCCCAUUCUUAACCUUGACCUUAACCCCAACACCACCACACAUCCCAUUCUUAAUCCUGACACAACCACACAUCCCCUUCUUAACCUUGAUCCUAACUCCAAUACAACCACAUAUCCUAUUCUUAGCCUUGAUCCUAACUCCAAUACUACCACACAUCCUAUUCUUAGCCUUGAUCCUAACUCCAAUACAACCACAUAUCCUAUUCUUAGCCUCGAUCUUAAACCAAAGACAACUGCAAAUAUCAGCCCUAAAAUUAACUCAAAUACAACCACAGAACUUAGUCGUAGCCUUAACCCUAACCCAUACAUAACCACAGGUCUUGGUCUUACUUUUGACACUAACACCAAAAAGACCACAGAUCUGAGCACUAACUUUAACCCCCACCCAACAACAGGGCUCAGGCAUAACUUUAACCCCGACCCGACCACAGAUGUGAGCCCUGACUUUAACCCCCACCCGACCACAGGGUUCAGGCGUUACUUUUAUCUCAAAACAACCACAAAAGUCAUACCUGCUGACCACCCAUCGGCUAUAUCAGAAACUACAUUACAGUAUUUUACACCUACUCCUGGGCUGCAUGAGGUGACGCAGGAGCAGCAGGGGAAUCUGGAGGAGUGGCAGGAUGAGAUAAAGGAGAAGCAAGAAAUGCUGGAGGGGCAGCAGGAGGUGAAGGGGAAGCAGGAGGUGAAGGAGGAGCAGAAAGUUGAGGAGCAUAAGGAUUUUAAGAGACAAGAGGUAAAAGAGGAACAAUUGAUGAAAGAGCAGCAACAGGAGGUUAAAUUGCAGCAGGAUUUGAAGGAAGAACCGGAGGAAGUGAAGGAGGUACUGCUGGGAAAGCUGAAGAAGGAGCAGGAGGAUAAUGAGAAGCAGAAUGUGAAGGAGGAGCAGAAGGUUAAAGAGCUGCAGGAAAUGCUGGAGGAGCAGCAUAAGGGGAAGGAGGAGCUGGAGGAGAUGAAGGAGAAGGAGCAUAGGAAGCGAGAGGAGGAGCAGGAGGAUAGUGAGCAACAGGAGGUGCAGCAGCAGAUGGAUGACUUGUUCAGCCAGGAGGCCCAACAGCAGUAUGAGUUAGAGGAGCUUUUCAACCAGACACAACAAGCCUCCCAGCUUAACUCCUCACAGGUGGAAGAUGUGAUGGAGCGUCUGGAGGACCUCCUGCAGAGUCCAAGCAUCAGUCAGUCUCUGGCUCAGAAAGCCCUCACUGUUAUUAGCAACUUGAUGGACGAAAACACACUAGCCAUCUCUACAGCCGCCAGCAGGCUGAUCCAGGCUAUAGAUGGGCUGGGCCGGAAACUGGUUGUCAAGAACAACAGUGAAAUUCUGUCCUCUAAUUCACUGGUUGUAGCCGUCAGGAGAGUGAACGGGACACACUUCCAGGGAGCCUCGUUCUCUGUUUCCAACCCUGAUAACCUACAGGUCAGUGUGAACGGCAGGUCCAGAAGGUCAGUGGACGUUGGUUUGGGGUCUGUGACCCUGCCCUCCUCCCUGACUGAUGGACUGACCCUCCAACAACAACUGCUGGCCAGCAGAGUCCAAUUCACCUUCUACAGGACCACCUCUCUAUUUCAGGACCCAAGUCUAGUUGCUAAGGAACUGAUCAGUCCAGUCCUGGGUUCCAGUGUUGCCAACCUGACAAUCAGCAACUUGACAGACAACCUUCAGUUCACCCUAAGAAACAUCCGCCCCAUUUCUCAGGCAAACAAUGUGACCUGUGUAUUCUGGGACUUCAGUCUCAAUGGUGGUGUUGGAGGUUGGAACAAUGCUGGCUGCUAUGUUGCAAACACUACACAAGAAGAAACUACCUGCAAAUGUAAUCAUCUGACCUCCUUCGCUGUUCUCCUGGACCUGUCUAGAGAAGGUGUGAGGGACCAGAAGCAGGGCGUCAUAUUGACCUUCAUCACCUACAUCGGCUGUGGAAUCUCUGCCAUCUUCCUCUUCAUCACUCUGCUAACAUACCUCUCAUUUCAGAACUUACGUCGUGACAUUCCAUCUAAGAUCCUGGUGCAGUUGUGUUUGUCCCUCCUCCUGUUGAAUCUGAUGUUUCUAUUGGAUGGCUGGCUGGCCCUCUUCCCUGCCCGCGGCCUCUGUAUCUGUACUGCUUUAUUCCUGCACUACUUCCUGUUGACCUCCUUCACCUGGUCAGGUUUGGAAGCCCUUCACAUGUACCUCAGCAUAGUCAGGGUCUUCAACUCCUACCUCAGCAGAUACAUGCUCAAACUUUCCUUAAUCGGUUGGGGUGCUCCUCUUCUGGUGGUCAUUGUGGUGAUAUCAGUAGAUAAGGGCAAUUAUGGUCUGGUCCCAUAUGGAAUAUACCUUGAUGGCUCAUCCGAUGACUUCUGCUGGCUUCGUAAUGAUGUAGCGUUCUACUUGGCUGUUGUGGCGUAUUUCUCCCUGGUGUUUUUUCUAAAUCUGCUGGUCUUCUUGGUGGUGAUGUUUCAACUGGAGCGCAUCAAGAAACACAACCCCCACCACUCUCCUCCAAGGGGGCGUCUGGCUGAGCUACGCAGCAUCACAGGUUUGUCCAUUCUACUGGGGCUAACGUGGAGCUUUGCUCUGUUCGCCUGGGGACCCCUCAACAUGACCUUUAUGUACCUGUUUUCCAUUUUUAAUUCCUUACAGGGGUUUCUGAUUUUCCUGUUCCACUGUGCUGUGAAGGAGAGCGUUCAGAGACAGUGGAGGACAUACCUCUGCUGUGGAAGGCUGCGAUUGGCUGAAAUCUCAGAUUGGAGUCACAUGGCCACCCAUAAUCAUAAGAAACUCUCUGUCAUUACAACAACCAACUCAACUCGGGGCCCUGCCUCCAGAAGCUCCUCCCUCCGCAGCUGGCUAUCCAAUGACAGUGGCUCUGUGUUUGGAGACAGUGUGAUAUCUGAUGGGUCUAAUGGGGAUGUUAUUCUAAACAAAGUUCACUACCACUCAAUGACAUCACAAUGACAAUACAAUCACAGUGGUCAUACUGCUCCUUCAGUCCCCUUUAAGACAACUUAUCUGUCCGAUAUAGUAAUCUGUCUCUCAUAAUUUACUCAGCUUCUAUAACGCUUUCCAUUAGAAACAGAAUCUCAGAGUGCUUGCUUUAAAAAAAACAGGGGUGAUGAGCUUGUCUUACUUCCUCUGUAUUGGUCUGUUCAUAAAGUUACACAUUUGCCACUUUGGUCCAGUUAAAAUGUUGUGGUCAAAAUGUGAUUUGUAAAUACAUCCUUCAAUUCAUAUUAGAUACAUAUUAGUCUCACCACACAGGAAAAUAUUUCAGUCAACAAAUCGAUUCUACAGUAGCUUACUUCAGUUCUAACAUGUAUGGUUCAAUAUUACGAUUUAAGAUCCCUCCCAAAAAACGAUGACAAGCCAUUCUGUUGCUUAUUGUAAAGUUAGCCUACUACCUGUCGAGCAGCAUCCAGUCUACCGGGUUUUAGAAAACCUUGAGAGAUAAAGGGGAGAGCCUAUCGCAGGGCCAGAAGUAAUGGCUUCAGAGUUGGCAUAUUUUGUACCUCUUCGGAAGUCUGGUUUGGUCCAAUUUAGGUGGGGCUUUGUGAAGGUAUUUUAACAUGUAUUUAGUCCAAGCUGGAUAGGGCUCUGUGUAGGUAUUUUAACAUGUAUUUAGUCCAAGCUGGAUAGGGCUCUGUGUAGGUAUUUUAACAUGAAUUUAGUCCAAGCUGGAUAGGGCUCUGUGUACGUAUUUUAACAUGUUUUAGUCUAGCUGGAUAGGGCUCUGUGUAGGUAUUUUAACAUGUAUUUAGUCCAAGCUGGAUAGGGCUCUGUGUAGGUAUUUUAACAUGUUUUAGUCCAAGCUGGAUAGGGCUCUGUGAAGGUAUCUUAACAUGUAUUUCAUCGAAGCUGGAUAAAAUACAGGUAUUUAGAUUGGCAUUGAAGCUCAGAAUGUGGUUGGUGGCUGGUUCAGAGGUCUUUGCUGCAAAAAUCUUUCCUCUAUGUUUACCCACUGCCUAAAUAUAAUAAUUUUUGAUAAUCAUCAUUAUUAAAAAUAACAAUUAAAAUACAAAUAUUUCCUAUGUUCUAAAUAUC